CUUACUUACCAGCUAAGUCAAUUCAGAAAUAGUCCGAAGUAGCCAAAGGCAGAUCAGUAGGAUCCGAGGGGGGGAAGGCAGCAGGAAGGCACCACCACAGAGAAAUGGGGUGAGCAGGGACCUAGGGUGCCGAUGCCCAAAGUUGACGGCUGCCAUCUGGGAGCAGGCUGGUAACAAGCAGUCUGGCACCUUGCUUGGAGAACAAAAUGCGCCCUAAGCGAGCUGGCCAGUACCAGCUUCCAAGCAAUUAUGCCCAGCUGCCCUUAAUUUCCCUUAAUUUCCACAGAUGUCAGAGCUCAGCACCAUGUGAGAUGAGAUCCUAUUUCAACCCUCCCUUGCCUAGAAGUAUGGGUAGGUUUUGAAGGUAGCAAGAUAAUUCUGUGAAUGUGCUAACUAGAGUUAGGGUCUAGGUUUGUAGCAUUUUGGCCUGAUUUUCUAGCUUAACUAUUCCUAUGCUGCUCCCUCAUGAAGUUUUAUACUUGGCUGAUUUAGUCACAGUGUGAGGCUUUUUGCCCUGAUAACUUUCAAGACCAGAAUGAAGAGAUGUCAGACACCAGUGAGUCUCCAGAGCCUCUGUCACUGCCUGAUGCCUCAGCAGAGAAGGCCAUGCAAGGCUCUGACACUGACCUAGAAGUUAAAGAUCCUGGGAAAGCCUUUGCAGGUGUUACGGGUGCAGAGCUGUAUCUGGAAGCAUGCAGGCUGAUGGAGGUGGUGCCUGUCUCACACUUUACUCAGAACUUGGCCAAGCCUUAUAUAAACCUGAGCCAUCAUGGUCUAGGACCCAGAGGUGUCAAAGCCAUUGCUAUUGCUCUGGUGUCCAAUGCAACUGUCACCCGCCUAGAGCUGGAAGAUAACUGCAUUCUGGCAGAAGGAGCCAUAUGCAUAGCAGAGAUGCUACGAGAGAAUUGCUCCCUUCAGGAACUGAACAUCUCCAAUAACCACCUAGGCACAGAAGGAGCUGAAGCCAUUGCCAGUUUGCUUUUGGACAACGCAUCCUAUCUCUAUGCUCUUCGGCUCUCAGGAAACAGCUUUGGAGAAGAGGCUGCAUCAUGCCUUGCUGAGGCAUUGAUGGGCAAUUACCAAGUGAAGAAGCUGGAUCUCAGCCACAAUGAGUUCUCUGAGAAGGGAGGACAGCUCCUGGGACAGAUGCUCGCAAAAAUGUCCCAUGCCAUGACCUGGUGGGUAAUACAAAAGACUGGACUUAGAGCUUCCUGGCUAGUCCACCUGCUCACCCUCAUCAGCACAGCCAGCAACAUGGCACUGGAGAUUCUGGACCUGAGCUGGAACCACCUGAAGAGGAAGGGGACAGCGGCACUUGGCACAGGUCUCAGGGGCAACGGUGCACUGAAAAUCCUCAACCUUUCUUGGAACAGCAUUGGGAAUGAGGGAGCACAGGCCCUAGGAGAAGCUCUCAAAGUCAAUAGCGCGCUGGUUCACCUGGACAUCAGCAACAACCAGAUCAACAAUGAGGGAGCCAAGAAGCUCUGCAGGGGCCUUGAAGUCAAUGGAAAACUCAAAGUCCUGAAGAUGGCCAAUAAUCCCCUGACCGUGGAGGGUGCCAGUGCGCUGGUCAUAUCUGUCAGAAAGAACCCCAAUUCCAUGAUGGAAGAGAUCAACAUCUCAAAUGUGUUGGUGAAUGAAAAUUUCAUCAAGUUGCUGGAUUUUGUAUGUCAAACACGUCCUGAACUAGAUGUCAUCUAUGGUGAAGUUGAAGGCCGUAUCUCCAAGAUCCCCAAGCAGCAUCCAAAUCCUAUGAAACUGAUUCAGAAAUAUUUGAAUGAGCACAACGUGCGACUCUGGGACUUUUUUCAGAAAAUCGACAAAGAUGGAAACAUGAAGAUCCCUGUGACAGCCUUCCGGAGAGCCAUGCUGCAGCAAUCAAGCAUCCCACUGGAUCAAGUCCAAAUUAGGGAACUAGUGCACAAGCUAGACCGGAAUCGGACAGGGAUUGUGGACUACAGUCACCUAAAAGAGCAGAAGCCAGCACAGAAGCCUGUGGAAGGGGAAAUGAAGGAAGAAGAGAAGGAAGAUAUGUAAAAAUGAAGCAAGGAGGUAUCAGACAGUGAAAGGUAGUAGGAGAAACACUGGAAGAAAGCUAAGAGUGGCCCUGGGCUUGGGGAGGUCUGAUGCUGGAGAGCUCUGAUAGUGUAAGUUAUUGAAUGUGGAAAUAAAGUUGGUGUUCCACCGCA